AUGUUUGAACUCGUUGCCGUAGUGAUAGCUUCAUCAAUUGUUAGCGUCUUGUUUGUCACAAUGUGCUGCUGCUGUAAGAAGGAAGAAGAACCAUAUAGAGAACCACCGCCAAAGAAGACUGAAGCUUUUCAGGAUAACUUAGAAGAAAUAUCAGAAAAUGUAGCUUUCCAUGUUAUUGCCGGAUCAAACAAGCAACAAGCAUAA